AUGGGGCAAAUGAUACACUGCCCUCAGACGGUGCGAUUCGUUCUCAAAGCAGCCACCCAACUCAGUAGGGUUCGUCUACCUAUUCAAUCUAUUCGUGGAGCUCACAGUCAUGGCACAAGAAGGGGUAAUCCGAGUUUCCCCCAAUCCUUUUCCAGCUCGUGGUCUUUUACAGCCUUUGGUGUUGGCGUGACAGGACUAGGAUUCAGUCUCUGGCAGCUUUCCCAGUCAAAUUCUUCUCAGGUUCCACCGGCGGCGGCUCAGUAUGCCGAUGAAGAAGUCAUGUUGAAGGGUGUUCGCGAAAUCUCCGGUGCACUUGGCCCAGAGUCAGUGACAACAGAUAGAGAUGACGUUGACUUGCAUUCGUACUCGGAGGUGUCGACAUCGCACUGUGCAGCAAGACCAGUAGCUGUUGUGACGCCAAAGACCACUGAAGAAGUUUCAUUAAUCGCUCGGAUAUGUUCUAAAUAUAAGAUUCCAAUGAUCCCCUUUGGUGGUGGAUCCAGCGUCGAGGGAAACUUCACCACUCCACAUUCGGGAAUCAGUAUCGAUUUCUCUCAGAUGAACAAGAUCAUUGCUCUUCACGAAGACGAUAUGGACGUCGUUGUCCAACCCGGAGUCAACUGGGUAGAUCUCAACGAGAAGAUCAAGGAGAGUGGGCUCUUCUUGCCCAUGGAUCCGAGUCCAACUGCACAUAUCGGUGGUAUGGUUGCGACGAAUUGCAGCGGAACAAACGCAGUCAGAUACGGUACGAUGAAGGACUGGGUUAUCAAUCUGACGGUCGUCCUGGCAGAUGGCUCGGUCAUCAAAACUCGACACCGACCACGGAAAUCAUCAGCUGGCUACAACCUCAACGCCCUAUUUACUGGCUCUGAGGGUACGUUAGGCAUGAUUACAGAAAUUACACUCAAGCUCGCACCGAUCCCGGAAACCCAAAGUGCUGCAGUUGCUACUUUUUCAUCCGUCCGGAACGCAGUAGCAUGCGCCACAAAGAUUAUGCGCCAGGGGAUUCCAGUCGCUGCCGUAGAGCUUAUGGAUGAGGUACAGAUGCAAGUUAUCAACAAGAAUGGCGGUGCGGGGGGGAGACUCUGGGAGGAGAAGCCCACGCUAAUGUUCAAGUUUUCGGGUACCGAGCAGUCUGUAUCCGCUGAUAUUGCGAGAGUCGAAAAAAUCAUCUCUCAGGAAGGAGGCAGUGCGUUCGAGUUUGCGCGGACAGAGAAAGAGAUGCGUAACCUAUGGUCUGCUCGGAAGGAAGCCGUGUGGGCCAUGUGUGCACAGAGGCCGGAGGGCACGCAGAUAUGGUCCACCGAUGUUGCCGUGCCAUUAUCUAGCCUACCCGAGAUCAUUGAAUUAUCGAAAACGGAAUCGAGUUCAUUGGGAUUGUUUUCCAGCGUCCUGGGGCAUGUUGGCGACGGGAAUUUCCAUCAAGCGGUCAUGUACGAUCCAAGUGACCCGUCUCAGGCGCAUGGAGUACGCGAAUGCGUCAGGAAAAUGGUCCGCAGAGCGGUUGAGAUGGAAGGGACUGUCUCCGUUUUUCUAGGGCGAACACGGCAUCGGCUUGGGCAAAAAGGAGUGCCUUGUGGAGGAACUUGGGCCACAAACUAUCGCUGUAAUGCGAGCUCUGAAGCGGAGUUUAGACCCUCAGUACGUCCCACGCCCUGGGGCCGAUUUCUAAAGACUGACGAUCAUAGUUUUUUGAUGAACCCCGGGAAGGUAUUUGAGCCUUGA